UGCGGGUAGACGCUAGGAGGGCAGGAAGAGUUGUUGUGGAGCGUGUUGGGAAGCGCCCUGCUGUUGCUCGGUAUUUUCGUCAGGGCGUCGCGUAGGUCGUGGCUAAAUGCAGUGAUUCAUCGCAGAGUUAAAGUUAUUUCUUCACACCGCCAUAAAGUACGAUUGUAGUCGGUGUAUCUAAAGUGUAAGAUGAAUGGUAAAUCAUCGAACAACACAGCAGGCGGAACGCUGGCCUGCAUCGAGGGACUACCCCCACUGCCGAAGAGCUUAAGCGGCUUGCUGAAUUCAAGCGGCGGCUCUUGGAGAGAGAUGGAGAGGAUGUACGCAAAGAAGACUAUGAUCCAAGACGACCUAAGCCGUGGCCGUAGUAACGCAGACAAUUUACUGGCAAAUAAACCUGCCAACCUUGAUGCAGCCCUGGCUCUUCUACGAAAAGAAAUGGUGGGGUUGCGGCAGCAGGAUAUGUCCCUGCUGUGUCAGCUCUGGUCACUCCAUGAGUCCAUUCAGGAGUACAAGGGCAGUUGUCAGGACCUUACGGCCGGUUCCAGUGCCGACGGACCCUAUGAGAAUGGCUACUUUGACGAGGACGACGAAUACUUCCAGGAUUCAAGCAUAACCCCUACUGAGCAGCCAGAAGGGAGCGAUACCUCUCCCCAAAAUGGAGCCAAGGACAAGUGGCUGCAUGACUCUUUCCACAUCACCAUCUGAGAGAGGCCUCCAGUACAAGAUCUGCUUGGUGCCGGAGAUCAAGUCAGCCUGCUCAACUUUAGAGCUUGUUUGUUUAUGUUUGUUUGUUUGAUUUUGACUAUGUUUUGUUUUAGAAAAGAGGUGUCUGCAUUUUGAUUUUGCUGACCUCCUUUUCUGCAGACUUUUCUAUAAAGGUAUAAACAAAGGUCGAUUAUUUAUUAUACAGUAUAUAACAAUAUAGUAUUUUUCUUGUGAUUUAUUAUUAUUAUUAUUAUUAUUAUUUUCUUUCUUUCUAAAGACAUUUUAAAAUGUUUUGCUUGGGAGGAGUGUCUAGCACAUCUCCAGUAAUCAUGUUUACAGUGUAACACAAACAGAAUCUCCACGGAUGACUCUGUGUAAACAUUACUGUAUAACAUCAGUUGAUAUAGACAAGGAGUGGGGAACAGUCACCGUUAUCUACACAAGCUAAGCUAAUAAUACAAUCUUGCCAAGUUGCAAGCGACAACUGUGACCAUGCGGAAACUGGAGUGCUCGUCACGGUUGGGUGUAGCCGGUGUAGCUUGGAGAAAUGUGAAAUGACUAAAAAUGCUGGAUCGAUGGAAUGAGUACAUGUGAAAUCAGGGUACGCACACAUGUGCUUCUCCACCUCUCUUCCUUUGAGCUGAUUUGGGCGGCGCCUCUUCUCAUUUGCAACGUGCUAGCCCAGCAGUGUGUUCCUCUAUUGAACACAUAGUUGUUAUCACAUAAAAAUCAUGUGUUUCUCCUAUAAGUGUAGUCCUGUGCAAGUCAUAUCAUAUUGUGUAGGGAGGGGGGGGCCUUAAUUGAAUUCCUUGGUGAGCUCAUGCAGGUGUAUUCGUUCCCACCACACAAAGUGUAUGGUGCUUUUUCUGUCUUCCACUAACAUCAGUUUUGUCACUCUUAACAGCAUAAUCAUAAAAAGCUAACCUCUGAAUGACAAUUAUAUAGGCCUAUAAUAGCUUAUAAGUUUGUUCAUGCAAACUGUAAAUGUGAAACGGAUUGUAUACAGCCUUUUAAAGAGUAUUGUUUGAAGCAAGUUCAAUUUAAGGUACAGUAACCAAAGAAACUGUUACAUGUUUUGCUAAGGAUUAUUGCUACAAACAUAAUGCUGUAUGAUGAUGAUGAUGAUAACCUCCAAUGUAUUGUCUGUAAACAUUUCUUUGCAAGUGAUGUUUUAGUAUCUUUCGCAAAUGAGUCUUAUGCUGUGAUCGACUGUACAGUUUGACAGGGUGGAUAUUUUGUACGAAUAUCGAAGGCAAAAAUUUCUCUUGAGUGUAAAAUGUAACAUGACGGUGGUUUUGAGCACUUGGAAUGAUUACCGAAACCUGCUUCUGCACACUGCUACAUCCAUCAUCGAAUUCAGUCUUCUCUGCCAUCAUGGUUAUGAGUUGUUUCCUAAACAUUCAGUGCAUCUGCGUGUUAGUUGAUUCCCCUCUCCUUUCCCUUCAUGUGAAGUAGAGGCAGUUUUGCCAUUUCUCUUCAGCUGGUUUAUGUUUGUAGUGGUAAAUGUGGAAUGAACUGUUAAAGUUAAGAGCCCACCAACAUUGAUGUUUUGACAAACAUUCUCAUUUUGAAUGAAUGGAUUCCUAGAAUUCUGGGGAGCCGAGACAAUAGAGAACAGCUAAUUGUUUUUCUGUUGACUGACCAGGCUUUUUGUGUCCUCGGCAACAGAAGUUUUUUCACUCUGUGCCUUUCUGCCAUGGACUUAAACCAUGGCUGUUGCUGUUGCUGGCCCCUUCAAACCUACAGCACUUUUGUUGAACCAAGUCAUCCACUCAUUCAAUGGGACCACAGAAUGCAGAAAACUGGAAAAAAUUAUCUCAGAUGAGCUUAAUGUAGGAAUUCACCAGCAGCAGACUUGCACUCUAACUAUAGCUAAAUCCUGGCUUUGGAGUUUGGGAUUUUUAAUCUCACAAACUUUGGAUUUACAAUCACAAUACAGGUUGUGGUUGUCUGUAUGCAGUCCACUGUACAUCAAAGGUCAAAUAGCAAUCUGAAGUGUGUACUAAUACUUCUGGUAUCCUAUUCAAUUCUUAGUCUUCAGUGCUACUUCUGAGGGGAAACCCCUGAUAAGAAAGUAGGGAGAAAAGCAUUUCUAUUUAUGAGGUUUGAAAUGUUGCAAAAUUAUGAUUUGCAUAGCUUGUUUCUCCCAGGCAUUUGAUUAAUUUAGGUUUCAUUCCAUAUUUCUCAUAUUUAUUUCUCCUUCAAAGAAUGACCAUACUACUGUAUGUUUUGUUUGGAAGAUUGUUUUUUAUGCUCUCUCGUGAUAAAAUAUAAUUACUGAUUAAAUAAAUAAUUUUAUUACGA